AUGGAUUACGGCUACAACAAUCAGUACACGACCUCCUACGGUGCGAAUGGCGGAGCCGACGGUGGCGGUUUUGUCGCAGGAGAACCACAGAGUAGUCCUGCUGCUGGAAGAGGAGGCUAUGGAAAAGAUACUGUCCGACCCAUGACGAUCAAACAAAUUCUCGACUCACAGCAACCUCAUCCAGAUGCAGACUUUCGAGCAGACGGUGAGCCCUUCGGCCUGGUCACAUUCGUCGGCCAAGUCACAGGCAUCAGCACACAGCCAACAAAUAUCACAUACAGAGUCGACGAUGGCACUGGCAUAAUCGAAGUUAAGCAAUGGAUCGAUGCCGAGUCCAGUAAGGAGGACAGAAUGGACGGUGUCGAAUCUGGCAAACCGAAGCUAGUUGAGAAUGGAUAUUGUCGAGUUUGGGGCAAACUAAAAUCAUUCAACAACAAACGGCAUAUCGGUGCGCACGUCAUUCGACCCAUCACCGACUUCAACGAGAUCAAUUAUCACCUGCUGGAAGCUACUGCGGUGCAUCUCUUUUUCACAAGAGGGCCACCUCAGGCAAACCAAACACAUGGCCAGCAAACCACGAAUGGUGGAGGACAGCAAUUCGCAAGCGCGGCGGAUGGUGCACUCUCAAGCAUCUCACCCUUGGGACGGAAAGUCUUCCAGACACUUAAGAACACCGCACAGAGCAACGAGGGCCUUCAUGUGCAGAUGAUUGCUUCACAGAUGGGUAUGCCUGUCUCUGAAGUCUACAAGGGCGCAGAGGAGCUGCUAGCGAUUGGGAUGAUCUUCACGACCGUGGAUGACAAUACCUGGGCAGUUCUAGAAGUAUAA